AAUAAAUAAAUAAACUCAUAAAAUACCGGCACACUAUCCGUUGGGGCCUCAAAACGUGAAACCCAACGCUGCGCGCAUAAAACCAGAGGAGAAGGAGAGAUGGGAAUCUCAAGCUCAAAGCGAGUGAAGUCGUCGCUCUCCAACUCGGCCGCGUUCGACUCAGCUUGCGACUCGGCCUUCACUCACUGCCUCUCGCUCACCGAGCACGCUUUCCAAGGCGUCUUCCCCUACCAGCUCCCCACAGCCUCCAACCACCUCCACGAAACGCUGCGCACCGUCCACCCCCACCCCCUCAUCCUCAAAUGGGUCCCAUCUCCCCCGACUCGCUCCCGGGUCGACUCCGCCCUCGAGGCCGUGAAUCACUCGAUCCGGGCCCAGACGAUCGGGCCGGCCGAGUUCAAGCAGUGGGCGGUGGAGCUCUUCGCCGGAGCUGUGGUGGAGAACGCCAGGAAGGCGGUAAUGUGGCGCGUUCCGAUUGGGGUGGCUGGGAUUGCUGGGUUUGGGGCCGCGACGAGCACCGGGAAGGAGUUGAUUGGGACGGCGAUUGGAGUUUACGCGCUUGGCGUUGCGACUUCGAUUUCUCUGAGUUUGUCUGGGUAGGGGGUGAGAAUGGGAGACUGUAGCAGUGAGUGAAAAGUAAAUUUAGAAAAUUAGUGUAAAAAUGAAGUUUCCAGUAACUUUUUGUAAUGCAAAUGGUUUAUGCUAAUUAGUAUUUUAAGUAUCA